AUGAAUUUGAAGCAGAAUCUUCUGAGAGGAAUUUAUGCAUUCGGUUUCGAAAAGCCGUCUGCCAUCCAGCAGCGUGCAAUUGUGCCUUGCACUACUGGUCGUGACGUCAUUGCACAGGCUCAGUCUGGUACAGGAAAAACAGCUACUUUUUCCAUCUCCAUUCUUCAGCGCAUAGACGAAAAUGAACCCAGUGUCCAGGCUCUCGUCAUGGCUCCCACUCGUGAAUUGGCUCAGCAGAUCCAGAAAGUUAUGUGCGCUCUCGGAGACUACAUGAAUAUCAAAGUGCACGCCUGCAUUGGAGGAACAAGUAUUCGCGAUGAUCAGCGCAAGUUGGAGAGUGGAGUGCAUGUCGUUGUGGGAACCCCCGGUCGUGUAAACGAUAUGAUCAAUCGCAAUGUACUACAGACGAAUCGUAUAACAAUGUUUGUGCUGGAUGAAGCUGAUGAGAUGCUUUCGCGUGGUUUCAAGGAUCAGAUCUACGAGGUGUUCAAGACUUUACCGCAGGAGGUUCAGGUUGUGCUGUUGUCGGCUACUAUGCCUGCCGAUGUACUUGAUGUAACUAAUCGUUUUAUGAGAAAUCCGAUCCGUAUUCUUGUGAAGAAAG